AUGGCUUUUCAAAUUGGAAAAAGAAAGAGCAAUUACAAACACAUGUUGGAAAUCAUGAUAGUGCUCAUAAUCAAGCUCGAAGAAAAUGCGAAGUUCUUAUUGCGACAAGGAUUGGCUUUUCGUGGUGAUGAUGAAUCGCACAAUUCAAACAAUCAAGAGAUUGAUCGUGUUUUCAAAAAUGCUCGUGCAAACCUUAAACUAGUAGCACCUAAAAUUCAAAAAGAUAUUGUUAAAGCUGCUGCAAGUGAAACUACUAAAGUUAUUAUUGAUGAUCUUGGAGAUGAUUUAUUUGCUGUUUUAGUUGAUGAAGCUCAAGACAUUUUUGUUAAAGAGAAAAUGGCUAUUUGUUUGCGUUUGAGUAAUAUUGUUGGAGCUUCUUGUAUACGUAAAGACAUGCUUCGUGAAAGUCAAAUGCAAAAGACAAUUGUUGCAUUACAAAAUGGAGAUGUUUCUAGUGGGCGUGGCUUAAAUCAACAAAUAACAUUGAAAAGGGUAGAUGAUACUCGAUGGGGCUCACAUUAUAGUAUAAUACUUAGCUUGAUUUCUAUUUUUUCUUCCGUGGUAGAAGUUCUUGAAGUCAUUGAGGAAGAUGGAAAUAAUCCUGAACAAAGAGCCGAAGCAUGUCAAUUAUUGAAUCAUAUUCAAUCUUUUGAAUUUGUAUUCAAUUUACAUUUGAUGAAAAGUAUAUUAGGAGUUACUAAUGAGUCGUCUCAAGCUCUACAAAGAAGUGAUCAAGACAUUAUAAAUGCUACGACAUUGGUUAAAGUGUCCAAACAACAAUUGCAAAGUAUAAGAGAUGAUGGCUGGUCCUCUUUGCUCAAUGAAGUUUCACUGUUUUGUGAUAGUCACAAUAUUCUUGUUCCAAAUAUGAAUGACAUAUUUGUAACACAAGGAAGAUCAUGGCGCAAAAUCCAAAAGGUCUCAAACUUGCAUUAUUUUCAAGUUGAAUUAUUUUAUCAAGUGGUUGAUAGACAACUUCAAGAGCUUAACAAUCGUUUUACUGAGAUAAAUGCCGAGCUACUUCUUUGUAUAGCUUGUUUGAAUCCAAGUGACUCGUUUUUUGCAUUUGAUAAGAAGUUGUUUCGUUUAGUUGAAUUUUAUCCACAUGAAUUCUCUUCUACUAAACUUUUGGCACUUUAUAGUCAACUUGAGAAUUUUAUAUUGGAUAUGCGUCUUGAUGAUCAAUUAUCAAAUAUAAAUGGAAUCAGUGGACUAUCUCAAAAGUUAGUUGAGACAAAAAAGCAUAUUGUUUAUCUAUUGGUGUUUCUUAUAUUGAAAUUAGCUUUGAUUCUACCUGUGGCAACGACAUCAGUUGAGAGAAUAUUUUCUGCUAUGAAUAUCAUAAAGAGUCGACUUUGUAAUCGAAUGGGAGAUGAGUGGUUGAAUGAUUGUUUGAUCAGACUUUUGGAAGAGGCCUUGACUCCUACUCUGGUCAAUAGCCAUCUAUCCAGUUAUUCAGAAGAGGAUUUUGAGGAGGAUGUGGAGAUAGUCUCAGACACUUCUGACGAUAGCGGUGAUAUGAGUGAGGAGCUACAGGGAUUACCAACAACUAUAGGUGUGUUUGGAAGGUGUGACAGACACGAGAUUGAAGCUGAAGAAACUAUAGCUAAAUGUCAAGGCAAGGAAGAUCUGAUUUUUCAUAAAUUCAACGGGGUGGAAGGUCUUCAAGUAGAAGAUAUUCUUAAAAUGGAGUUUUGUACUCCUGAAGAAGCACGGUGUUUUUAUAACAGCUAUAGCCGAUUGAAGGGAUUUGCCACGAGGCAGGGGAAAAAGGUACCGAACAAGGCAGGAGAGAUUGUUAGGUAUACGUUCGUGUGCAACAGGCAAGGGUUUCGUGAAAAGAAAUAG